AUGGAUGCUCUACUUGACAGCACUAUCAUGCGCCUCGAGAAGGCCCUAAAGACCUAUACAUCGUCUUUAUCUGCCGUAGGAAUACCAGAGUCCCGCCCGGCUGAGCAUAGUAUGGUCACGCGAUCGAAGGCUGCGCGCCCGUCUCAGUCCAACCAGAAUCGUUGUGAGCGUCUUCAUCGUGACCGGAUGCGUGCAGACGUCCGUCUCGCCCUCGAUGGUAUCUUCCGUAUACGAUCUAUGCUUGCAUCAUCAUUUGACAAAGACCGGGGGGUCUCCUUUCGAUGCCAACAAUGUCAGACGCUGUCUGUAGAUAUUUUCUUGAUGGAGCCGUGCCAUCACAGAAUAUGCUACGCAUGUCUGUCAACAGUCUUUCGGGCGCUGCUUGAGAAGCGGGUUGAGGAGGCCGCCGUCGCAAACACGCUCCCUAUUUCCAUGAGCACUGUACCUCCGACCGUUGACGAAGACUACAUACGUGCGCUCGGACGCUCCGGCGUGCGAUUCAGACCUCGCUGCUCUUUCUGUAGUGCCCUUGUGUGGUUCAAACCGCACAAGAUACCCUUGUACGGUGAUAUCUUGAAGUUGGCCUCUCAGUGUGUACAUAGUCGCGAUGGCACAGAGGAUGGCCUGACGUCAUUGUCUGUCUACUUCCUUUAA